AUGCAACCAUUAUUCAAACAAAGGAAACCAGCCAAUCUGAUUAUCCAAUCUUCUGAGGAAGACAAAAUUGUCUAAUAAUAAGUAAACUAUUCGUCUAUAAUGCAGAUCCCAGAAUUGGACACUUUCGAAGAAUUUUGUAGCAAUAUUCCAGAUGUUGAAAAUUAAGAACUCAAUUUUACUAAAGAAUCCAAAUCCUUUAGUUCUCACAAUCUUAAUUUGUAAGAGUCUUAAGAAUUUCAAACCAAUGCGAAAUACAGUGAUCAAAAAUAAGAAGAAAUCUAAGAGUCUCUCCCCAUACAAUAUAUCGAAUUUGUUGAGUUUCAUCCUCAGAGCAUUAAUUCUGGCCAAUCCGAAUCCAAUCUUUAGAGAAUCGAUUCUCAACAAAGUCCCAAAGAUAUCAUGCAAGAGCCCCCUGCUCCUCAAAAUAAGAACUUAACUAAAUUCAGCUUCCCUUAAAAGGGUGGUUGUUUCAGCAGUUGUAACAAAUUCAAAAUUAUAUUCUUUUAGUAAAGAAGUAACUCUGUGUCGAUUAACCUUUGAUAACUCAUCAUGGAAAUUAGAGCGCCUCUGAAGAAACCCUAGUUAAGCAGCAUAAUACCUAAAAUAUUCCAAAAUGCAUAUAGGAUGAUUUGACUAAGCAAAUUAAGGAAUUAACUGAUUAAAAAAAUGCCAUUGAAGCCUCUUUCUAGAGUUAAAUUUUGUAACUGCAAACCCAAAAUCAAAAAUUGGAGUAGGAAUUGGCUCAAUAGAAAUAGAAGAAUUUAAAUUUGGUCCAAGAGAAUAUGUUAUUGCAAUCCAAAAUUGAAAUUUUAGAAUAAAAAAAAAGCGCUGAUUUAAACAAUAUCACUGAUUUUUCUAAUGAUUUAUUACCUCACAAAUUGUCCAUGAACGAGAAACUAGUGUAUUUGAUGCAAAAAUUGAAUAUGAAAGCAUAAGAAAAUGCAAAACUUCAAUAUGAAAUUUUGAAAUUGCAAAAUAACGUAUGUAUCUAUGACAUCUAUUCAAUUAAUAGAUUGAAAUCUUGGAAACCUAAAAGUACUUACAAAUCAAUACAAAUUUACUAUUGGACACCCAUAAACUGCAAUCAAGUCAUUCCCCCCUGAUCUAACCCUAAUCUUAAAACAGAGGGCAAUCCCUAAGUAAGGAUAGCAGAACCAGUCUCUUGAAUUCAUAAAAAUACCCUCUCAAUUUAUCCCUCAAUUAUGUCCAAUAAGGAGAGAGAAGACAAGAUGUCUUCAUCAAUAAAAAGAAUAGAAUUAUAUCUCCAUUGGCUCAUUAUAGUUCAGUGGGAGAAUAAUAGCAACUUCAGUUGACAAAUCUUUAAAAGAACAAAGUUUACAAGGAAGAUGUCAAUUACAAUAAUAAGAUGCAGUAAACUAUAAAAUUAAAUGAAUUAGUACAAAAAAUAGCACUUCGGUUGGAGAAUUGAUAUCGUUUAAAUAGGAUUUGACUAAUUGUUCCAAUAUGAUCAACAAGGCCUUAAGAAAGGAGUCCUAUUCGACAUAAUCUCCAGAUGCCAAAGUAACUUAAAAAUUCAAAUAAACUUUAAAUGCAAAAAUUGGGACUUAAUAAGAAAACUCAAAGUCUUAUGCUAGUCUCCUAUUUUCUCUUGGAGAGAAGCAAAAAGAUGUGAGACAGAUGUCUCCAAAGGGAGGCAAUAAGAAAUCAAAAUAGUACUAUCUAAAUUAAGCUAUUGUAGAUUAUUUGGGUUUAUUAUGCAACCCCAUCCAAAUUCAAGAAAACAAUCAGAAAUCUUGAAAUCAGAGGAAUCUCAUAAAAUGAGUUAAGAAUAGCUUAAGAUGUCAGAUAAGUAUUGAUAUUUGUAAAAUAGAAAAAAUACAUUAUAAACUAGUAUUGACAUAUUUUAAAUAAUGAAGGAUAUGAGAAAUAAAAAAAACGGGAGUAUAUGAAUUAAUACUAUUUUAUAUUAGUCUCGACAAAAUUAAGUUAAAAGAAAGGGCAAGCUGCAACAAGUAGAUAGAUGAUCACUGAAAUCAAAAGCAGUAGAACCAAUAAACCAAGUUUUGACUGA